AUGUUGUCCAGAGAACACAGGAAACUGCCUUUGCCCUCCCCAGACUCAUAUAUGACCUCCCUGGCCCAGGUUCGCCCCCUCCCGACUCAGGUGCGCCCCCUCCUGACUCAGGUGCGCCCCCUCCCGACUCAGGUACGCCCCCCCACGCAGGUCCGCUCCCCCGACUCAGGUACGCCCCCUCCUGACUCAGGUGCGCCCUCUCCCGACUCAGGUGCGCCCCCUCCCCUGACUCAGGUGCGCCCCCUCCUGACUCAGGUUCGCCCUCCCCUGACUCAGGUGCGCCCUCUCCCGACUCAGGUGCGCCCCCUCCCCCGACUCAGGUGCGCCCCCUCCCCCGACUCAGGUACGCCCUCCCCCGACUCACGUUCGCCCUCCCCCGACUCACGUUCGCCCUCCCCCGACUCAGGUUCGCCCUCCCCUGUCUCAGGUUCGCCCUCCCCUGUCUCAGGUUCGCCCUCCCCCGACUCAGGUGCGCCCUCCCCCGACUCAGGUUCGCCCUCCCCCGACUCAGGUUCGCCCCCUCCCGACUCAGGUUCGCCCCCUCCCGACUCAGGUUCGCCCCCUCCCGACUCAGGUUCGCCCCCUCCCGACUCAGGUUCGCCCCCUCCCGACUCAGGUUCGCCCUCCCCUGUCUCAGGUUCGCCCUCCCCUGACUCAGGUUCGCCCUCCCCCGACUCAGGUUCGCCCUCCCCCGACUCAGGUUCGCCCUCCCCCGACUCAGGUUCGCCCCCUCCCGACUCAGGUUCGCCCCCUCCCGACUCAGGUUCGCCCCCUCCCGACUCAGGUUCGCCCCCUCCCGACUCAGGUUCGCCCUCCCCUGACUCAGGUGCGCCCCCUCCCCCGACUCAGGUGCGCCCCCUCCCCCGACUCAGGUUCGCCCUCCCCCGACUCAGGUUCGCUACGCCCCCUCCUGACUCAGGUUCGCCCUCCCCCGACUCAGGUUCGCCCUCCCCCGACUCAGGUUCGCCCCCUCCUGACUCAGGUUCGCCCCCUCCUGACUCAGGUUCGCCCCCUCCUGACUCAGGUUCGCCCCCUCCUGACUCAGGUUCGCCCCCUCCUGACUCAGGUUCGCCCCCUCCCCCGACUCAGGUUCGCCCCCUCCUGACUCAGGUUCGCCCCCUCCUGACUCAGGUUCGCUACGCCCCCUCCUGA